UGGCUUUCACAACGAAUGACAGAAGGGGUUGCUGCAGCAUCUCGAUGAACUACAUCACCCAUAAUUCCUUUCUAACAUUAGCAGCAACAGCUAGGAUGCUGCGAUACUGCUGGUAGCAAAAGACUGCUGGGGUUGCAGGGCUGACUCGAAAUCCAUUUCUGCUAUAUAGAAGAUGUCAGUGGCUCCCAUUGGAAUAAAACUAGACUGCAGUUUAAGGUCGAUUUCAUCCGGAAUUAUUUAACCAACCAACCAAUCAGGUUACGCAAAUACGUUGCCUUACGAAAAAAAAACAGUUUUGGUAGUAAAUAGAAACAAUGUAUUAAACCCCUGGGUAGUUGUAAGGCUACCCAAAUGUAUUCUUGAAAUAACUGUUAACUGACGAUGGGAAAUUAUUUGAGACGUCUUACAAAUUGCACCACGGACACAAGGCACUCGAAUAAGUGAUGCUCCGAGGAUAACCUGGAUAACCUACACGAAAUGUCCUAGCCGUCAGUAGCUAGCGCGGAGCUAGCCGUCAGUAGCUAGCGCGGAGCUAGCCUGCUGAUGCUCAAGAGAGAUGGAGAAGGAGCCAACGUUGAUAAAGAAUCAAGUCUCCCAGGGAUCACUGCUGGACUAAAGGUGUGCUUCAGUUAUAUAACCAUCAACGGUCUGUCGCUUGUUUACCAGAACGCUGGUCAGGCAGAUGGACAUUGCUCCUGAUACAUGUUUGGGCUGCCUGAACAACAUAUGUGAAGAUUCGACAACACAAACGCUACACGUUUCGAAUCGAACUGGAGACGUGAAGCUUCGACUGUGUUAAAUUAUCCGUCCAACGGGAUUUGGGGAAUAACAAUUGGGGGGGAAAUAUCUUAAGCUGGAAGCAAGAACGGCAUCUGUGCAAUUUUCAAACCAUAAUAUCUUCUAUCAAUCGACAUCAUGAGGAAGUUCUUCGAUUCUCGUCGGGAGUUGGUCAGUUCUGGACCUGGUUCUGGAGGUGCUGGUGGGGGCAGUGGUUCCAGCCAUGCAGGUGGGAAUUUCAUUGGACGAGCAUUUACAAUCGGACGGCAUCAAGUUACCGUUGAGGAGAUCAUUGCAGAAGGGGGGUUCGCCAUAGUGUUCCUGGUACGCACCAAUCAGGGAGUGCGCUGUGCCUUGAAGAGGAUGUACGUAAACAACGAGCACGACCUGCAGGUGUGCAAGAGAGAGGUCCAAAUCAUGAAAGACCUCGUGGGCCACAAGAACAUUGUUACUUAUUUGGACUCCAAUAUCACAGCCAUGGGAGGAAGAGAGGUCUGGGAGGUGCUCAUUCUGAUGGACUACUGCAAAGGGGGCCAGGUGGUGAACCUGAUGAACCAGAGGCUGCAGACGGGCUUCGCUGAGGCGGAGGUCCUGCAGGUCUUCUGUGACACGUGCGAGGGUCUGUCCCGUCUGCACCAGCGCAAGGUCCCCAUCGUUCACCGCGACCUCAAGGUGGAGAACAUCUUGUUGCAUGACAAGGGCCACUACGUUCUCUGUGACUUUGGCAGCGCCACCGAUAAGUUCCAGAGCCCACAGACUGAGGGAGUGGCCACAGUGGAGGAAGAAAUCAAAAAAUACACAACACUAUCAUACCGUGCCCCUGAAAUGGUGAAUCUGUACAACAACAAACUCAUCACGACUAAAGCAGAUAUCUGGGCGCUGGGCUGCUUGCUGUAUAAGCUGUGUUUCUUCACUCUGCCCUUCGGCGAAAGCCAGGUGGCCAUAUGUGACGGCAGCUUCACCAUCCCAGACAACUCUCGCUACUCCUACGACCUGCACUGCCUCAUACGCUACAUGCUGGAGCCAGACCCUGACAAAAGGCCUGAUAUCUUCCAAGUGUCCCACUUGGGUUUCAAACUGUCUCAGCGGACCUGCCCUGUUCAGAAUGUGAAGAAUUCUCCGUUACCGGCCAACCUUCCUGAGCCAAUCAAAGCGAGUGCAGCAGCGGCAGCAAAGAAGAGCCAGACUCAGAUCAAGGCCAGACUGACGGACCGCGUCCCCACCACCGAGACCUCCAUCACCCCUCGCCAGCGGCCCAAGGCGGGCCACGCACAGACCCCCGUCGCCGGCAUCCUCCCCAUCCAGCCCGCCGCGCUCACGCCCCGCAAGAGAGCCAACAUCCCCGCCGGGCCAGCCCAGCCCAUAGGAGUCAGCCUGGACCUGUCGCAGCCGGCUGCAGCUCUCCUCUCACAAAAGGCCCCCACCAGCCUGAUGCUCAACAACUCCAUCCAGCCUGCAGGGGUUCCUCAAAAACAGCCGGCACCCCCAGCGCCCGCUGCCGCCGUUACCGAGCUCUCCGCGUCGCCUGCUGCGCCCAAGCUAGAGCCUCAGCCGACUCAGAACCGAGCUCAGGUCACAUGUCCGCCCGCGGCCGCUCCGGCCCCCGUUCCCCAGCAACCGCAGCAACAAGCGUCCCAGCCUCCGGCCAGCCCGGCUCCGCCCCAGCGACCGGCCCGCCGCAAGCAGGCCGGCGCUCAGCCUUCCCCCAGCAAACCACUGGCCCCCCAGCAGCCGGCCCAGCCCUCACCUGCCCCAGGGCCCGCCAUGGCCCUCGCCACAGCUCCUGCCACAGCACCUGUCCCCUGUCCCGUCCUGGCUCCCGUCCUGGCUCCCGUCCUGGCUCCCGUCCUGGCUCCCGUCCUGGCUCCCGUCCUGGCUCCCGUCCUGGCUCCCGUCCUGGCUCCUGUCCUGGUUCCGGUCUCAGCCCCAGUCCUGGCUCCUGCCCCAGCUCCUGUCCCUUGUCCCGUUCUGGCUCCCGUUUCGGCCCCAGUCCAGGCUCCCGUCUCGGUUCCUGACCCGGGUCCCGUCCUGGCUCCUGUACUGGCCCCUGUCCUGGCUCCGGUCUCGGCUCCUGUUCCGAGCUCUGUCCCGGCUGGAGCCCCAGAGCCCGGCUCCCAAAAGGCUGAAACGGAGAAGAGGGUUGUGACUCCGCCUUCUUCCUUAAAUUUGGUCCUGGAGGAACCAGUUUUGGCUGCGGUUCAAGUGAACGACUCUUCUCAACAACAACAACAGGAUACUCUGGGAGAAGCUGUGCCGAGCCAACCAGCGGGUCCAUCUGGCCUGGUGGAAGGCACGGCCCAGUCCAGUGUGGUGCAGGACGGGGUCCAGCCCGGCCCAGGCGACAGACGGUCUCCCCCCUCCCAUGGCUCAGCCAGCUCCACCCCCUCGCAGCCCCAAUGGAACCCCUUCGACGACCACGACAGCUUCUCUGGGCAGGCCGUCGGCCUCCUGAUCAGCACGGACGACGUAAUGCCCACAGAUGUACCUUCGGAAAGUAACCUGGUGACCCUUGAUGAACUGAUUCCUGGUCUGCAGUCUUCGCCUAUCGGGGAAGGUGAGAGAGCGUCUGCCGGUCUUCUCUGUGGGGAUUCUGUGGCCUCGCUGUUGUCCCGACCCGACCCCUUCAGCGGUCUACAACUGUCAGACACGCCGGCAGAGAAACUGAUCGAAGGACUCAAGUCUCCAGAUACAUCCUCCCUCCUACUUCCUGAUCUACUCUCAUUGGCCGAUCCCUUCGGUGGCUCUUCGCAGGACUCUGCCAAAGCAGAAACCUCGGCAGCAGACGACUCCCUGCUAGGCUGUUCCCUGACCUCUGGCGCCUCCUCCUCCACCUCCUCUGACCCUACAGGAGGAGUAGCGGGAGGAGGGGGAAGGACCAGUGGCUACUCCUCCCUCUCCUCCGCCCCCACCUCCGCCGCGGCCUCCGCGCUCGACGAGUUCAGCCUCCUGACGGGGGUGACCAUGCAGCCUCAUGCAGACUGUCUACUGCUGUCAGACUUUGACACCCAGGGGACCGCCGCUGAGGUGGGGGUCAUGGAGGAUGAGUUUGACCCCAUCCCCGUCACCGGAAGGAAGAACUCACAAGACCAGCAGAGGGCGUCGGCUCCUCUGCCAGCCACCAGCAGCUCCAUGCAGGCUGUAGUGGAGCUUGGUCUGACCCCCGCGCCUGAGCGCAGCCUGCCGCCCGCCACAUCACGCGCAGAAGAAGAGAAACACUCCCAUCACAUACCAGAUAAAGCCACCCCUCUUCUGUUUCAAUCUCCCCGCCGACAAUCGCCGUGGCGACCGAACGGCCUGCUCUGCCCCGACAUCUCUCACAUCCGCCGCCCCCCACCCAGUGUCGGGUCCCCGGACCCCCUUCCUGACAGGUUCCCACUGGCCCCCUGGGGUCUAAAGCAGGACCAUGCAGAGGGGGGUCCCGCUGUUAAACAACUGCAGCGCCAAACCCCCGGCCCCGUGCUGCCCGCCCCCCCGCGGAGUGUCCCCGACGUCCAAUCACUCGUCAGUGCCCCCCGGUGUCUCACCGAGGCUCCGCCCCCUUACCUGCGCUACAUGGCCCCGCCCGUGUUCCAGCAGCCAAUAGCGGCGCACCGCGUGGUGUCCAGCGUGGGGCAGCAGGCGGCCGUCGGUUCAGUGGCGGUUGGGCCGCUUUAUGCCUGGCUGAUAGGCCCGUGAUCCCCCCGUCCCUCUCAGACCAGGUCCUCCCAGGACCCCCACCUCAGACCAGAUCCUCCCAGGACCCCAACCUCAGACCAGAUCCUCCAGGACCCCAACCUCAGACCAGAUCCUCCCAGGACCCCAACCUCAGACCAGAUCCUCCCAGGACCCCAACCUCAGACCAGAUCCUCCAGGACCCCAGCCUCAGACCAGAUCCUCCCAGGACCCCAACCUCAGACCAGAUCCUCCCAGGACCCCAACCUCAGACCAGAUCCUCCAGGACCCCAACCUCAGACCAGAUCCUCCAGGACCCCAACCUCAGACCAGAUCCUCCAGGUCCCCAACCUCAGACCAGAUCCUCCCAGGACCCCAACCUCAGACCAGAUCCUCCAGGACCCCAACCUGAGACCAGAUCCUCCAGGACCCCAACCUCAGACCAGGUCCUCCCAGGACCCCAACCUCAGACCAGGUCCUCCAGGACCACCAUCUCAGACCAGGUCCUCCAGGACCACCAUCUCAGACCAGCACAUACUGGACCCCCCUCUCAGACCAACUCCUUCUGGACCCUCCUCUCUCAGACCAGAUCUUUGUGGACCCCCUUCUCAGACCUGUUCCUCAUGGACCCCCCUCUCAGAACAGAUCCUUGUGGACCCCCCCUCUCAGACUUGUUCCCCCUGGACCCCGAUCUAAGACCAACUCCUUCUGGACCCCCAUCUAAGACCAGAUCCUUCCAGGAUCCCCCUCUAAGACCAGAUCCUCCCAGGUCCCCAACCUCUCCGAAGAAGAUGAAGAGUGUGUUAGCAGCAAUAGGAAGGACUUCAAUCCGAGAUAAAGAGUGUUUAGCGUUAUGCAGGAAGGACUUUUAUACAAGAUGAAGAGUGUUAGCACUAUUCAGGAAGGACUUUUAUACAAGAAGAAGUGUGUGUUGGCAAUAUACAGGACAGACUUUUAUACAAGAUGAAGAGUGUGUUAGCACUGUACAGGAAGGACUUUUAUACAAGAAGUGUGUGUUAGCACUAUACAGGAAGGACUUUAUACAAGAUGAGUGUCUUAGCACCAAGUACUUUCAUCUCUCCAAAAAUAAGAACCAAACAAAAAAUAUGAUUUUGGUUUAGUGGCUAACACCGUCUUCAGGUACCUCUGAGGGGUUAGCUGUGUUCUUCAAGGACUCUAGCGAAUACACUGCCUCCCUGGCCAUCACUUGUUGACCUACAACAAAAGCAAGCAGACACGCAAGACAUGUUUCCGAUUCUGUCUUUAGAAUCAUGACCCAUAGUUAUUUUUUCUUGUUUCUCUAAAUUACUUAAAACUAAGGGAAGCCACAUAGAGCCAAAGUAAAUUGACAGUAUAUCUUAAUGAAUUAUUUUGAAAUAGUGUAUUGAAAGACUAAUGGUACUAUCUCUCUUUAUAAUUAUUGUUAUUAUUCAUAUAUCAUUCAGCUACAAUGUGACCCAUUCUCAUUUAAAAGUAUAACGUUUGAUUAUACUUAAUAUGUUCCUCAUAAUCUGGCCCAAUCAAUCUAUUUAUCGAUCAAUGAUAUAGAACUAUAUCUAUGUGGAUGUAGUUCUAGAUUUGAAGUUGCGAAACUCUGUUAUACCAUUUACACCAUAUGUGAUAAAAAACUGAAUUCCACAAACUGGAUAAGGGAGAUAAGGAAGCUAGUUUUAUUUCCAAGGUCAAAAAUGUUUUUUUUUACACUUUCUAUUAUGUGUCACAUUUACGUUAUUAUAUUAUUUUUGUAUAUGCAUUUGUCAUUAAAAAAAAUGUAUAUCCAAA